UUAACGAAUUUACUGAUGGCGGAUUUGAAACAUACUCCGGUAGAAAUCUGAAAUAGAGAAUAAAUAUAAAUAAACAAAAUGUUAAUAUCAGACGGAAUAAAUCAUGGAAAACUGCAAUCAAUUAUCGUCGGGGAACUGAAAAAGGCGGGCUUGAAACAUCGUCUGAAAAAGAUUAUAAUGAAAAGUGUAAAAGAUCAUAAAACAGUAUUCGGAGCACCAUUAGCAAAAGUUCCAUCGUGCAGUGUUAUAUGUUGUGGCAGUACAUUGAGUGUUCCUCUAGUUGUUUCUGAGAUGUCCUCAGUGCUCCGUUCAAACGCUCAUGUUGAAGGAUUAUUCCGUAAAGCAGGUUCUCAAAACCGACAAAAAGAUAUCAAGAGACUAUUAGAUGCCGGAGGUUGUGUAUCAGAGGGUCACCAUCCUAUAGAUGUGGCAAGUGUACUUAAGCUAUACCUACGAUGUUUACCGGAACCUCUGAUCAGUGCGGAGGUCCAAGACUUAUUGUUACGAUGUAAACUGACUGCGGGUGAAGAUGCUCUGAAAGCUAUUCUCCACACAUUACUAUUACUACCAGUAUUACAUGUUCAUCUGUUACAUUAUAUCAUGGAGUUACUUAACUUCUUAGCCUCCAAACAUAAGGACAACUUGAUGGACUCAUCAAACCUGGCCAUAGUGAUGGCUCCCAGUAUUAUGCCGUUGCCGGCUGCAGCCUCUGCUCAGCGACUGGAGCACCAUGUUGCACUUGUUAAGAUGUUCAUUGAGAACUCGCAACACAUUGGGAAGCUGACUGAAGAGCUAAUGACGCAGCUCGACGACGAUUCCGAUGGAUAUCUUGCAAGGAGGAAGAAGAAAAGGCGCAGUGGCUCAUUAAAUAGAGUACUAAAUGGCCUUCGCAAGAUGGUGUCAGGUAGUGUUAAUACGCCGGCGACAGUAAACGAAAACGGCAAGACUCCAGUACUGAGCAAGUCUGCAGCCAAACGGAAGUUCGAUACAUACGAGGGUCUUUCUACAAAAACUAAGAAAGAAAUCACUAAAGGACUUCCCCAGAAAGAAUUGUCAUUUACACCUAUGAAAAUGGGUCUAGAAAGAAAACGUUUAAGACUUAGCCUAAUGGACGCACGGAGUACUCCAAUCAUCAACAGAGACUUCAGUUCACAUAAAAACUCUGAAACGAGCCUCAGCAGUGAAGAUUUGAUAACUUCCUCUGAAAAUUUGUUCAGCGCACACGACACUAUUGACCUGUCUCCGGAUAUGAAGCAGUCAGAUAAAGAUUAUGUGAGGAUCUCUAAACAAGAAUACGAAGAGAUCAAGAGCAGAGUCUCCGCCAUCGAAAACAGACUCUCCAGAGAGUUCACUGACGUCAUACCGAGAGUACAGCCUCUACAACAAGUACAAAAUGUUUAUGAACAAACAUUAGAGGAAGUUGCGAUGUUACACUGCCCCACCUCGGACCACUUAGCAAGGAGACUGAGCAAAGAACUGAAAAUAAGGCCAAACGAAGAAGCCAAGAUUAUACGGUCGCCUAGUGCGCGAAAAAUCGGCUCAAUACGACGACGGUCGAAAGAAAAUAUUACGAAAAUCGUAAGACAUAAGUCUUGGAAUGUUUCCUCCCAGUCACAGCAGUCUAGUCACAACACUGAUAGAUUUUAUCCAUACGUGGGUAUGAAUCGUAGAGAUAGGAGCAGUGCUGCAAAACCAAAUUUAGAGUCUCAAAAACCUCUCGCAGAUGAAUGGGACGCGUCUGCAUCAGAGAUAAACAACGUUUCGUCAGCAAGUCAAAAGUAUCGCUUACGGAAACGAGUGAGUGUGAACGAUUAUAGUACAGAGAAACUUGUAAGCAGAAUACCUGCUCGUAGAUCCCUCAAUGUUACAGUAAACAACAGUUGGGACAACACAACUUCCGAAACCUCAAUGAACAACACCUUCAAUUCUAGCGCCAAAUCAAAUGAUUCCGAGACGGCUUGCUACCAGAACAUUACCCAUAGAAAUCGUAAACCGAGUCCUCAGUCACAUCAAAAAUGGCGCAGUGCCGCUGCUUUCUUUAUGGAUAAGACUGGAGAAGUGGAGAAAACUAGUCAUUCUGGGAGACCAUCAGUAAAUAAGCUACGACGGCAGAACGCUGGCGCCGUUCUCGCUAAAGCUAAACUCUUUGAGUCGAGCUCUGAUAAGUCUUCAGAACGACACGAUAAAGCUGCUCACAACGGUUUCGCCAGAAGGCCAAGGAUUAGUACUCAACAAACCAAACCACAAAGAAGUGUGGCGCACGUUAAACCUAAAGUGCAAACCGUCGUUUCCCCAAGUAUUCCAGUCAGGGUUAACAGAAACGUGGAACUGCCGUCGAGCGUGCCCUCCAAAUCCUAUCGCUUGAACGUUCCUAGUAAAGAUGACGUGAAUAGCUGGCGAAAUGCGAGGAAAACGACGCCGCCUGUUAAAACUGUCGUUUCUCCUCAAUCCAUGUUGAUGAAAACCCCACAAAUACCAGUAUUGAAGAAACCUUUAUGCACUCCGAAGACUUCCCGCCUGCCAGCCCUUAGCAAUGAUUGCAGGAAGGUAAACACUCCACUCAAAGGUGUUCACGUAUCUCCGAGAAGACGAUCUCCACGACUAAAGCAACGUGUUUAAGAUAUUAAUUAAUAAAUCAAUAUCAUUUGAUUUCUAUUUAUGUACCGAUGAGUAAUUUGAUUUUGUUAUGUUAGUAAAAUACUGGAUUAGUAAAAGUAUUAUAACAAGUGGCCAUGUGUAAAUAUAAAUCUAAUUUAAUUAGUCAUGAUUAUAUUAAAUCGAUCACAAAAACUGGUUGCAUUUCACU